AAGAUUAUGACCAAGCCUUCCAGUACUACUAUCAAGCCACACAGUUUGCUUCAUCCUCUUUUGUGCUGCCAUUUUUUGGUUUGGGACAAAUGUAUAUUUAUCGAGGUGACAAAGAAAAUGCAUCUCAGUGCUUUGAGAAAGUUUUGAAAGCUUAUCCUAAUAAUUAUGAAACUAUGAAAAUUCUUGGCUCGCUAUAUGCUGCCCCAGAAGAUCAAGAAAAACGAGAUAUUGCCAAGGGCCAUUUGAAGAAGGUCACAGAACAGUAUCCUGAUGAUGUUGAAGCUUGGAUUGAAUUGGCACAAAUCUUAGAACAGACUGAUAUACAGGUAUUUUAGCAAUGUUUUUGGUCUUCUCUCUGAUGUGUUUUUUGAAAGUGUGGUGUAGU